CGUUUAACGACGUCGUAUCGGGUGCCUGAUGUGACCCUUCUUCGCCGGAAUAAGAUGCCAAAAUUUCCUAAUUAGCGAGCCGCUGCGAGAAAAGAUAAAUUUUCCGCAGUGCCGCCAUUGAUAUAUAUAUAUAUAUAUAUAUAUAGAAGGAGCUCAGAAGGCGUUGCUUCUUCGUCAUCCACUGAAGCUGCUCAAUCCUUGCCUUUUCUGCGGGGCUUAACCCUAACGAGCUCUCGCUGAAACGGAGAUGGCUUCUGUGGCGUUGACUCUGCCUUCUUCUUCUUCGUCGUUGUCGUCUCUGUCCGCUGCUGCCUCUCUCGACCACAGAGCGUUUGUGUCUAAUCAGUAUCGCUCGCGAAUGUGUUCCAGUGGCGGAGUUAGAUUUGAUCUGCCCGAGUCUCUGAAGCAUGUGAAUGGGAAACCAACAAUUCCAGUUGUUAGUGAACGGACGCUGCCCAAGUUCUUGGAGUCGGCUCGCAUGGAGAAAAGAGUUAAUAGAAGUAGUACGCGCUUGAAAUUGUUUUCUGGCUCUGCAAAUCGUUUACUUUCACAGGAAAUUGCCUGUUACAUGGGGCUGGAACUUGGAAAGAUCAACAUUAAGCGGUUUGCUGAUGGUGAAAUAUAUGUUCAAUUGCAAGAGAGUGUUAGAGGAUGUGAUGUAUUCCUAGUACAGCCCACCUGCCCCCCAGCCAAUGAGAAUCUCAUGGAGCUUUUAAUUAUGAUAGAUGCUUGUAGGAGAGCCUCAGCCAAAAAUAUUACUGCUGUGAUUCCAUAUUUUGGAUAUGCUAGAGCGGAUAGAAAGACUCAAGGGCGUGAAUCCAUUGCGGCCAAGCUUGUUGCCAACAUCAUUACGGAAGCUGGUGCAAAUCGUGUUCUUGCUUGUGAUCUUCAUUCUGGGCAAUCCAUGGGUUACUUCGAUAUUCCUGUGGAUCAUGUAAAUUGCCAUCCUGUGAUUCUCGACUAUCUUGCCAGCAAGAGGAUUUGUUCUAGUGAUUUGGUAGUGGUUUCUCCUGAUGUUGGAGGAGUUGCCAGAGCACGUGCUUUUGCUAAAAAGCUGUCUGAUGCACCUUUAGCUAUAGUGGACAAAAGGCGCCAUGGUCACAACGUUGCUGAGGUAAUGAACCUGAUUGGUGACGUGAAAGGAAAGGUUGCAGUUAUGGUCGAUGACAUGAUUGACACAGCUGGAACUAUUACGAAAGGAGCUGAACUGCUCCAUCAAGAGGGAGCCCGAGAAGUUUAUGCUUGUUGCACCCAUGCUGUUUUCAGCCCCCCUGCCAUUGAGAGGUUGUCCAGUGGCUUCUUUCAAGAGGUGAUAGUUACAAACACAAUUCCAGCCCCUAAAACUCACUUCCCUCAGUUGACAGUCCUCUCAGUCGCCAACUUGAUGGGCGAAACCAUUUGGCGCGUUCACGAUGACUGUUCGGUCAGUAGCAUUUUUCAAUAAACCCCCCCAACGGAAUCACAGAACUUCAGUUACUGCCCCAUUUAUUUAUGGAGGUUAUGAAGCCAGCUUAUUUUAUCCUUGGCAUAUAGUUAGUUCCCUUCUUCGUGACCCCAAAAAAAUGAAACUAAGGCCCUCCCUGACUGAAAGUGUCAUGUUUACAAGAGAAUAGGUUGCCAAUCUUAUGGCAGGUUCCAUAUAAUAGAUUAGUUAGCUCAUGAAAUACUGUCUUUCAGAAUUGAAAGUGGGUUUUUGGGUGGACCCUAAAUCAAGGUUUCUGUCAUUCAGCAGCUUCCUUGAAUGUAUAAAUAUAUCCGAGUCUCAUUUUCGUUGUCUUUAAUUAUAAGCAUUUGCAAUUUUGAGCCUA